AUGGAUGAACUACUGAAGGACGAAUAUGAACAGAACCUCAAGGAUAUCAUUAGUGUUGAUCCCGAGGUCCCUGCUGGCCCAAAAGAGUAUCCUAACGAAUGUCUCUCUAGAAUUUUGCUUGAUAAUUAUCCUCAGUUACUUAAAUUGACCACCCUGUACUUCAAUUUGUCGCUAUCAUCACUUGUGACACGAUUCAUGGUUAAUUUGGUCUAUAAGCUUGAGUGCUGGGAAGUGUAUCAUCUAUUACAAGCUAUGCCAACACUCGAGUACUUCCUUCAAUUAAUUGGGUUUGACAUCAUAACUACUCCAUUCGGUCACAUUGUGAAACCACCGGAAAAUUUCUUGGGUUUCAACUUGCGUCAGGGUCUCCAGUAUACUUUUCCCUUCCCCUUCUACAAUUACUCAUAUCAUUCAACAAGACCUGAGGCGAGACUUGAAAAAUAUAGAAAGGUUUCAAUUGAGCCCUAUGUCGACAUUCGACUCAAUAAAAGCUCUGGUAAGAAACGGGCUCGAAAUAAAAUUCAACGAUUUUCUUCUGCUGUUGCCGAACGUGUCCUAGAGGGGGGAUUCUUCUUGAAUAAUCCCAAAAUCAACAUGAAAAAACCAAAAGACAUACAGCUUGAUGCCCAUUACACAUUGCGUAUCUUAACUCCAUCUGAAAUUGACUUCGCAUACUUCCGAUAUUUUCCCAAGGACGAUGAUGAGAUUGAUGUCGAUAGUUUAGAUGAUGAUGAGGAUUUCGAAAGCCCAAAGAAUUAUUUCAGCGAUGACGAAGCCCGAAUGGAGUCCAUGUUGACCAAAAGGUACAAGUUUGUUUCUUCGAGAUUCACAAACUAUUUAAAUGGCAAAAAACCAAUCAAAACUAGAAAGACACCUACUACACAAGCCAGAGCGAAAAAAUCAGAAUCCACUGUCCAAAAGGCCUCCAGAAAAUCAUCACAAUCACGCAGUAAUACUACUGCUGCCAGUAAGCCCCUGGAAAAGUCUACCAAGUUCAACACCGAAUCAACCCUGGGAGAGACGCAACAAUAUCCUUAUCCAGUUUUUAAUACUUUGCUGACUUCUAAUGCCGUUGUGAAUCGGCCAGAGGCUUCUAAAUCAAAGGCAUCAACGACGAACUACAACAUCACCUCUCCUCACAAUAAUGCCCGACUGAGAACAAGUGUUUCCACAGGCUCUUCUAGCAUACAAGGAAAACCUUCAAUUGAGUCUAACACAGCCAGCAGUAGCAAGCACACUGCGCCAACUAGCAUUCGUAAGGAAAGCAUCAGCACGAGGAUGCAAAUCGACCCUCGCUCUGAUACCGCUAUGGUUGGCAGAGAGGUGCCGCAACUUCCCAGCCAACCAAUUCCUCAAAGAAAAACAUCUAGUGUGUCAAAAGGAAAACCCCCAACCAAAUCUCAAACGGAUGCAUCAAAUCGUGGUCCCCCAGCUUGGACGCCAACUAAUACCAUUGCCACACCAUCGCAGUCGAUUGGUCACUCCAGAAGCGCAUCACAAUACUCAAUGACACCAGGAUAUCAAAAUCAGACCCCGAUACGUCAAAGUGAUUCGAGCGACCAAACACCACAAACAGGCCAACCUGUCGCUCAGAUUGUUACCCUCCCCACAUACGGGAUGCCACCAUACAAUCCAUAUUCGAACUGGUUGGCUCCACAGAUGUCUGGAGAUAAGAGCGCAGAUCAGAAGGCCCUCGACCAGCAAGCACUUCUCAUGUCUUAUCAGAAGUAUGGGUAUCCUGACCAGUACAACCCAUACGUGUCGGGAUACCCUGCCACAUACGGUGCUUCGAUGUAUCAGAGACCCGAUCAAAUGUAUUAUACCACCGGUGCUAGCAACAUGGGAUAUAAUCCACAAGGAGCUCAAAAUGCCUAUACCCAACUGUAUCCAUACAUGAGUCCGAUGUACCAACCACAAUACCACCAACAACAGAUGCCAACAUCAUCAAUUAAUGAAAUGAGUCAAGGAAGGAAAAGGAAGUCGCUGGCAGCAGAUACGCUGUCAUCAAAAAAGGUAUCAAACAAGGAUAAAAGUGCUCCGAAGAAGCCAUGA